AUGCUCCCUGCCGCAGCUCGCGUUGCCCGACGGCCACAGGGGCUCCUCAGGACAGCAACCGGAGGGCGCACAUUUGCAUCGCACGUCCCUUCCGUCUCCACCCAAACUUCCAGUGUGCCCGGCCGCCGCGCCGCACCGAACAGCGACGGCUCCGCGCCGGUCGGUGCGAAGGAAGGCGCGCUGCGCCCUCACCUGGGGAUUCAGGUCAACCCCGACCACGGGCUAUACGCGUUCUUUCGCAAGCGACAUGAUUCAUCGACGGGCGCGGUUGUGUAUGACACCAUCGAGGGCAACGCGGUGGACGUGGCCAUCACUGGCAGGUCGUGGACCGCAAAGGAGCUCCGCCUAAAGAGCUUUCAAGACCUCCAUACGCUGUGGUACAUCUUACUCCGGGAGCGCAAUCUUCUCGCAACCCAGAAGGAGGAAUGCAGACGGCUCCGCAUCGACCCUAGUUCCAUCAACGUCUCCGCAAAGGCCGCUCUGUGCCGCAAAUCCAUGGCCCGCAUAAAAUAUGUUCUCAACGAGCGGCGCCUCGCCUAUCUUACCGCCGACAAGAUGCAGAGGGCAGAGGAGAAAAAGCCCGCCGAGGAGGCUAGACAGGCCUCUGCGCGAGAAUUACACCGUCGCCAGCGCGAAAGCGCGCGAGCAUCCCGGCAAAAGUACCUCGUCACCUUAUUGGAGCAGAAACAGGCCGAGGAGGCGCGCAAGGCCGCCGGCACUAAGGCAUCUGCCGGUGAAAAGGCCAGCGUCGCCGUAGAGGGCCAGGCGAAAGAGACGGCGGAGGCCGCAGAGCCUGAAGUGGCCCUGUCUCAGGCAGACAGAGAAGCGCUGGAACUGCUCGCGAAACGCAAGCAGGCGAGGGAGGAGAAGGAGGCUAGGGAGGCCGCAAAAGCCAAGGCCGCGAAGGAGCAGGAGGAGCUUGAGCGCGUGCAGAGGCAGCCAGCUGGGCUGGCCAGCGCAGGAUUAUUCGGCGAUGCGGACAAGCCUGGCAAGUCGAGCUAA